AUGGAUCAACUGAAGCCCUAUGUUCAGGUACAAACGGGCCGUAUGGGGUUGCAUGAUAGAUUAGCCGACCUGUGCGACAUUGACAACCACACAACUACCAAGGCCAAUACAUAUCACUGGCCUGUGCAGUUAUUGAGUAGAAUGCUGAAGCUCAACCCGUACAAUAGAUCGGAGAACUAUAACAUUUUCGUGACUUGGAUGAGCCUAAUUGCGCCGGAUUUCAUUGAGUUUUUGCGCAGGAAGGAUGAGCGUGCGCUUCUUAUUUUGAGCUGGUGGAUGGCGCUUAUGUGUUCAGUAUCGCCCUUUCAGCCGUGGAUCCUGGGCAGAAUUGUGCCUGAGUGUCAGGCUAUCUGCAUGUACCUUGAAAGCGCCAGUACGAACACGGAGAUCUUGAGGCUGAUAGAAUGGCCCGCGAAGGCGUGCGGCCAUCGCCACCCGACUCCUGGAAAUUUUGAGGAUGUGACGUGA